AUGGCGGUGGGCAAGGGAGGCAAGGGCAAGGGAGGCAAGUCCGCUGUCGGACUCGGCACCUGCACCUACGUCAAAGCUAGGCACGUAUUGUGUGAGAAGCAGGGGAAGAUCAAUGAAGCUUAUAAGAAGCUGCAGGAUGGAUGGCUGGACAAUGGGGACAAAGUCCCUCCUGCUGAGUUUGCUAAGGUAGCACAAGAGUAUUCUGAAUGCCCAUCAGGGAAGAAAGGUGGAGAUCUUGGUUGGUUCCCUCGUGGCAAGAUGGCUGGCCCUUUCCAGGAGGUUGCUUUCAACACUCCUGUGGGAGCUGCAUGGGUAUCACUUUAUCCUCUGCGAAGGAAGGAAGAACUGAUCCAGAAGCGUGAUUCAGGUUGGGGAGACUGCAUCAUCAGGCUGUAUUAUGCAAACUGCUCGUCUUCUCUAAUAAGCGCUGGACGUGUACUUUGUGUUGGGCUAUUAUCCCGUCCCUAA